ACAUUUAUCUCUCCUGCUGAGGUCUAGAGUUGCAUUGCUGUGAUUAUUGGUGGUAGCAGUGUGCAUGUGUCUGGGGAUCUGUGUUUAGCUUCUUCAUUUCUUAAACAGCACAGGGGCAGCAGCAAGGCAAGUUGGCAGCCUUGCUUUCUAGCUGCAUUGUGUCUGCUGCUGGAAAAAGGGAGUGUGAGUGGGGAGCAGCAUGGCAGAGCAAGAAGCCAGUGGCUUGCAAGUCCUUCUCUCCACCCUCCAGACCUCCCGUGACAAAGAUGUCAUCCUGAAUAUUCUCAGUGUCCUCACUGACUUGCUCUCUCUGGGGACCGGCCAGAGAAUUCACUACGUGAUCAGCAAGGGGGGCAGUGAGGCACUGCUGCAGGCUUUCACCGCCGCUGCCCGGACCGAGCCGCCCGACCACAGCACCCUCCUGCCCCUGCUUCGCCUCCUGGCCAGGGUCGGCCAACGAGAUAGGAAGUUUGGGCUGAAAGUGCAGAAGGCAGAAGCAACUGAUAUAAUACUGAGCUUGGCAAGAAGAAACCUGGGCCACCACCUGCACCUCACCCACUGCCUCUGGGUCCUGCGGGUUUGUGCUUCUAAUGUUACCACAGGAACUACACUUGGCAUCAAUGGAGCCAUGGAGCUGCUUUUCAAAGUCAUCACCCCCUACAGCAAGAGAAACGUCAGGACAGUCAGGGCAGCCAUUGAGGCUCUGGCAGCUUUGCUGAAAUCAAAGUCUAACAGCCGACGGGCAGUGAACAGAGGCUACCUGGGUGGAUUGCUGAGACUCUAUCAAGACUGGCAUCACAAUGAUGUCUCCAACAACUACAUUUAUAUUCGUAGGGGUCUCCUGCUCUGCCUAAAGCACAUCACCAACAUCCAGCUGGGCAGGGAGACUUUCCUUGGUUCCCGGGGCAUGGAGAUUCUCUUCACAAGUGUACAGGACUGUUUAUCUUGCAAAAAUCUGGAUCCUAUCAUAACCACUGUAACUCAGAUUCUGCGAAAGUGCUACCCCAAGGAGCCUCUGCCUGUGGCAACAGUAAGAAGUUCCUAUUCCUUCCCUCUUCCUGGGAAUGCCAGGGCUGAACCUCUGUGUGAGGGAUCUGAAGGUAAAUGGCUGAAGGGUGACUAUGAAAGUGAUGGAGAGGAAGAGGCUGAAAAAGACCUGGAUAAUGAGGAUGUGGAGAGUAAGGAAGAAGAUUAUGACUUGGAGACAGAUGUGAACAAAUUGAGGUCAAGGCCAGUGCUUGACCGGCCAGAGGAAGAGCUUGGACAAUAUGAAGCAAUGUGUCCAGAACUUUCCCAUAAUUUUCAGGAGCUUGAAUCAGACUCUGAGGAAGAGAAGAGCUUGGAGGACAGGACUGAGAGUCUUCCCUUUAUGCCCUCUCAUUUCAUUCCAAGUGCUACUUCUGUGAAACAUCCAAACUACAGAUGGAGAAACCAAAGUGUCACAGAGAUGGGACCAGAUCCAGGGCAAAAGGAUUUCAAAGUCCCUCUGCAGAGCUGGACAAAAAGGGACAGAUGCAGAUGGGAUCAGACUGAUGAAAAGACAGACAUUGCAGAAGCAGCCCAAGAUGCAGACUACUACGAAGAGGAAGAUCCAGCCAGGAGUCAUGUGCUUGCUUUGCGUCCUCUCCCAAAAGACGCUGCUUGGUACAAAAAAAUGAUUUACCCUGAAUGUGAAGCCUUGAUCAAUCCUAGUCCUGGAGGGAGGCUGGAGAGCUCAGACAUAGAGACACAUCUUCUGGAGAAACACCAAGGGGAUAUCCCAUUUCACAGCCCUCGCUUCUACAUAGCUAGGGCCAAACGUGUUAAGUCCAUACCAGACUACAGAGACUUGUCAUUCCCCGAUUUCUGGGGUCACCAGCCACCUCCUUACAGCAAGCCCAUGUUGGAGCGCAAGUAUGGAGUUCAAAGGGACAAAGUAUUAGAUGACGUUCGCCGCUUAAUCCAGCCGGGUGAUGUGAUAGGCAGAAUUGUUUUUGAUUUAGAUGAGCCCAGUCACUCAAGCCCAGGUGCCCCAGGCUGUCUGACAUUCUUCUCCAAGUUUGAAUCGGGAAACCUUCGCAAAGCCAUCCAAGUGCGUGAGUUUGAGUAUGACUUAAUUAUAAACGCAGAUGUGAACAGCAACCAGCAUCACCAGUGGUUCUACUUUGAAGUCCGUGACAUGAAAUUAGCAGUUCCCUAUCGCUUCAACAUUAUCAACUGUGAGAAGUUUAAUAGCCAAUUUAAUUAUGGCAUGCAGCUGGUCAUGUAUUCAGUGAAGGAAGCUCUCCAGGGCAGGCCUUGCUGGCUUCGGGCAGGCCAUGAUAGCUGCUACUACAAAAACCACUACCGCUGCAGUGCAGCUGCAGAAGAAGGUGUGAGAGGAAAAUUCUACUACACGCUCACCUUCAGCAUCAAGUUCCCUCAUAAAGAUGAUGUCUGCUACCUGGCCUACCAUUACCCCUAUACCUACUCUACAAUGAUGUCCCAUCUUGAUAUCUUGGAACAAAAUAGGAACCCCAAGAAGGUUUACUGGAGGCAGCAGACACUCUGCCAGACGCUAGGAGGAAAUCUAUGCCCAUUGCUCACUAUCACCGCCAUGCCAGAAUCUAAAAAAAGAGACGACUUGGAGCAAUUCUACAAUCGUCCUUACGUGUUUCUAGUGGCCCGUGUCCACCCUGGUGAAAGCAAUGCCAGUUGGGUAAUGAAGGGGACUCUGGAGUUCCUUGUGAGCAGUGAUCCCAUUGCUGAUCUCCUGCGGAAAUGUUUCAUUUUCAAGAUUGUCCCCAUGCUUAAUCCUGAUGGAGUCAUCAAUGGCAACCACCGUUGUUCGCUGAGUGGGGAUGAUCUGAACAGACAGUGGUUGACACCCAGUUCCCAGCUCCAUCCAACUAUUUACCACACCAAAGGUCUUCUCUAUUACCUGCGCAGCAUUGGCCGGGCUCCUCUGGUAUUCUGUGACUACCACGGACACUCCCAGAAAAAGAAUGUAUUUCUUUAUGGCUGCAGCAUCAAGGAGACCUUGUGGCAAGCAGGCUGCAUGGUUGACACUUCAGUUAUUACAGAAGAUGUUGGCUACAGGACUCUUCCUAAAAUCCUGGAUAAAGUGGCCCCUGCGUUUGUCAUGAACAGCUGCAGCUUCCUAGUGGAGAAGUCCCGGGAGUCAACAGCCCGGGUGGUGGUAUGGAAGGAAAUGGGUGUGUUGAGGAGCUACACCAUGGAGAGUACAUACUGCGGCUGCAGCCACGGACUCUACAAAGGCCUGCAGCUGGGAACUCAAGAGCUGGAGGAGACGGGAAGCAAGUUUUGUCUUGGUUUGCUCAUUCUGCACCUCAAAUCCCUGCCCUGCAGUGAGAAGGUGAUGGCUCAGGCAACACUCCUACUAGAUUUGGAGGAGGAGAUAACAGACCGGGCACAAAGAAGCUGCAGCAACAGCAGCCUGGAGACUGAUGAUGAACCUCCUUGUGUGGAAGAAAUCGAUUAUAGUACUGACAGUUACUCUGAUGGCGAAGAGGACUUCUCAGAGUUAGACCAAGAGAUCCAGGAGUGCCUAUCGUGCGUGGAAGGAGAGACAGAAGAUGAGGGAGCAACCAUGGGACAGACAUGCAGUUCCAAGGCUCUCAGGGGGCUCUACACUUCCAGCCAACCAACAUCCAACAGUACGGCUCUCCCUCUGUGUUCAACAGCACUCGGGGUGUACAGUGGGUUCGAGAGCAGCCCUUUGUGAACAAGGCUUUGACUUGCAGAGCAGUAAACAAAUGGCUUACUGCUCACGUUUGCCUGUUUGCCAGCUUCAGCAUCCUUCCCAAGAACUCCAGUUCUGAAUAGAAAAUUGACUGUAUGUUUGUGUAAUUUGUAUACAUAUAUAUAUUGAGAAUGACUCCUUACACUUUCUACACAAGGCAGAGUGAGGGGCUGCUGGCCCAGAUGGUACUAUGCAAGAACAUCAUCCGUUCCUAAACAUAAUCCCCAGUUUCACAGCUGCCUUUAGUAUGUGGUUUCAUACAGAUUGACCUGAGGAAUGGUAUUCUGAGACCAAGGAACCAGAGAUGAUCCUCCUUUUCCUGGUUUAGGCUCUUACUAUGGGAAGCAGCCUUUGCCUGGAAGAGUGACACUUACUGAUGCCUUUGGCCGGAGCUCUCUGCUGCCAUUCAUUUCUCUUGAGCUGUAGAGCAUGUAUCUGAUUUCUGUUUGAUCAGAAUUUUUACAGUGUGUUCAACAGGUUGGGUCAGGCUGUGCAUGCUUCUGAGCUGGUCAUAUCUCAGCAACAGUGUGGGAAAUCCAAUGUGCCAUAGUAAGGAAAGCACUAGUGACAAUACAGAGUGGUCCUCUGGAAACCUGGGCUAAAUUCACCUCUUUGCUGUGCUGGAAUGAACUAGUCCAGCAUAAUCUCAAUUGAGUCACUUCAUGCUUGAACUGAUGGGCCCAAGUGUAGAAUUUGUUUCACAGAUGCUGUGAAAUUAUAUUUUCUCUAUGAGACAUCCUUCCAGCUAAGAGAGUACAGAUACAACAGUUCAUCCUGGGGAACUACAGCUACUGUUUAAAGCUAUUGGGGGUAGAGGGUUUUGGGGCAUUUUAAGGAGAAAAACAUGUUCUCUUGAGGUAGCCAGGGGUCCCCCAAUAUUCUGUCAAUAAUUAGUGAUGGUGGCAAUAUCCAACAGUGAAUUUAGCCCAAGCGUCAGCCUAGUGACUGAUUAUUCUCUGUUAGUUUUAUUAUGAUACCACUCAGGAAACCCAGUUCAUGGAACAGGACCCCACUGAGCCAGACAGAAAUAUAGUAGAAGACAUUACUGGUAGGUUAUAUAUAGGACAUUUCUACCAGUGACUCCCAUAAGGGAGUCAGAACAGCUUGUCAGUUGAUCCCCAAAUGAAAAAAAAUAAUUGGAUUUCUCCUAAUAUUGCUUGGAAACACAGAUCCCGGUUCCUGAGAAUCCAACACAGACUGAGAACCCACAUGUGUGCCCAACAUCCCUAAAACAUGAAGGCCACAUCACUGCAUCUCACACCUCAUGUAGCCUGAACUUCUCAUGUGUCUUAGACCCUGCUGCUGCAAAUGGAGAAUGGCCUUGAACCCAAAUGGAGUUAAUUGCACAAUGCAAGAGGCUCCCAACUCUGUCACUGCUUUAUGCGUCUCAAGGAGAAGGAUGAAUGUAUAGUGUGUUGUAGCAUUACGGCCUACAAGGCCUCCAUUACCAGUGAUUAUUAUUGUUAAUAUUGAUGCGUGACUAAAAACACCAUCUCAUCCUCUCAUCUUUAUGCUGUUUGUGGAGAGAAUUCCUGGUGCAGAAUGAGGUUUUCUCUGAUGCAUUUCUGAACACCUUUCCCCAGACUACCUAGAUGUAUUUUCCAGCAGGAGCUUGCUCUUUGGAGAAAUAACUUCUCUCUGUCCUGCUGGGUUUUCAGUAUCCAGGUGUUUUAAAGUCUUCACUAGAACAUAAGAGUUCUCUGUGUCUCUAGCUCUAGCUUUAUGAUGCUGCUCAAAAGACAGGCAGCUUGGGUCCUUAGAAGCUGAGCUUCUUAGACUGAACUAAUUCAUUAGGUAUGGUGUGUGUCUCUGUACAGAUGUCCUGUUCUGCUUGCUUUAGUGUGCAGCUUGUUGCACACUAUACUGAAUUUUCAUAAAAGGUUGGCUCACAGGAGUGGACACAAAAGAGAUAAAAUAGGUGUUCCCAUUAUAGUAGUUUAUAUAGCAUUGCUUCAAAGCUUAUUAAUAAAAAAUUAUAUAUGUGCAUAGUUAACUUCAAAAUCCAACAUUCAUAUACAUGACAAAAAACUCACACUGUGCUAGGUCCAGAUUCAGCAUACACAGGUCACACUGUAAGAUCUUCAGCAUUCACCACAUCCUCAGGACAGAGGGCAAAAAAUACCAUUGUACAUAUAUGUGUCUGUAGGUGUGCAUGUAUACAUCCGGAGCUGCUUUUCUCUCCCACGCUCCAUUCUGCACCAAUGCCCUGGCACAACAAUAACUGAACGAUGCUUACUGAGGCUUGACAAUGGUACACCUCAUUGCGAAGGAAAAAAAAAUCUUCUUAAAUCAACAUUUUUCUUAAUGAGACACCAAUAUUUUGGCUAUAAAUACUGUAGGCCAGUCUCAGCCUUCUAGCUGUUUCAAUCUGAAUUUCUUAAGCUAGGGAGAAUUCAGUUCAGUGGCAAAACUCUGUCCUACUUGUGAUUCGUUGAAUUAAUAGCCUGUGGGAGAGUUGUCCUAAUAUAAUAAAAGCGGAGAUGUAGCUUCCAUGCAUGCUUGGAGCCAAAUGUAUAUGCGCAGUACCACUGUUUCAUAGAUCCCUGUGCUAGGAGCUGCAGGAGGUAGAGAAAUGGCAAAGGCCUUUAGGGUGUUUUCAGUGUCUGGGAUCCAAGCGCACCAGCCGAGCUGUGAGCAAAGUGUCCAUGCACAUCAACUACACCUGCAUAAAUGCUGCUGUGCAAUAUGAAAAGCCUGGGCAAGUCUUCUCCCUGGCACCUUCCCAUGUUUGUGCUUGUGUCAGCAAGCGUGAGGAUGCUGCGGAAGGCAAUGGCCAGGCGAACCCCCCAGCCCAAGGGUGCUCAGCCUGCUGCUGAGAAGGUGGGAGCAGAGGAAGUACAGCAAGAGAGGGUUGGGUGACCAACCAGUCUGGAAUGGCACCUGGAAACCUCCAGCAGAAGGAGUUUUGUGGGCUGGCUCAUUUCUUCCAGGAACUUCUACAGGGAGCGGACGCUCUUCUUCUUUUGACAGACCUCUAGAGGUCAGGAGAGGGCCUCCAUUGUGCACUGCUCUCUCCAUGCCAUUAAAAUUCUCCCUGAGUCAUGGUAAUUAAGCAGAACUAGGCUCAGCACAGAGGAACGGAAGUGCAUUGACUUUAAUAAAACAGAGUGUAAAACAACUUUAGAUUAACUCCAGCCUUGUUUAUUCUUGCACACUUGUAAUUCUGGUUUGGUAUUUCCCCAGUGAAUGGAGCCGUUGUCCCCUGCGCUGAGGCACGUCACCUCACUUCAGCCUGCUAAGUGCUGAGCAGUGAGGCCAGUGCCUUUUCUUGCCGUCGGUAGCUAAUCCCAAAGAAUUUGGAAACAGCCGAUGGAGAAGGGGAGGGAGGAGAGGGAAGUUGCCCUGCUCCCCACCGUUGCCAUUCCUCAAGAGUCAGCAAGGCUGUCAGGUUGAGACACAAGCCAAAUCUUUCCAUAAUGGCCAGAAGAGACGGUGUCCUAGAGGCACUCGCGUAGUCCCCACUGCUAAAGCAGUUUUGGGCUCCUGCCAGGCACAUUAACUUUUUUUACUGAUGCCUUUUGUCUCACUGACUCUCUUAGCGCUGUGAAUAGCUCCGCUCCCCUUCCUCCCCCGCCAUGGUUUACAUGACAUGGGUAGAAGAUGCAGCGUUGAGCAGCGCUCACACUGCACCCUCUGUCUCAGCCUCUUGCUGGCUCUCAGGCCUGCCUGGCCACAAUAGCCCUUUCCUAUCGGAGACGAUCCUAAGGAUGCCUUGCCAGUGUCUAGUGAAAUACAUGUGUGUGUAAACCUCUGGGCUAAAAAUAAAUAAUUAAACAAUAAAAAUAAAAAGAAUCAAGUCAGCAAACUAAAGGAAGAACAAAAUCUAAUUAGUUUUAUCUGCUGUUUGUUAUGAGGCUGUCAGAGUGCUCUAUCCCCUGGUUUUACAGCACUCUGGAAAAUAACAGUGAUAAUAAUAAUAAUAAACAACUGUGCACUGGGUUGUUUUUGAAGCAAGCAGGAAGCAGAUUAGGGAGGGGAAAAGACAGCAGCCCCUCUCCUCUACUGCUUCUCUCCUGCCAAAAAGCAGAGAUGCAGGUGAUAGCGCUAUCUCCUGUCUUAUCUGUCCUUGGACAAGAUCCACUGCCCCUGUCCAUCAUUUAGAGACACAAAGCAUGAGUGGGCGACUGUUUGGCAGCCAAUUCAGGACACUCAGAUUGUAUUUCUUGCUCUGCCACAGAUCUCUUAUGUGGUCUUGACCAAGUUGUUCAUCCUCAGCUCCCAGCCUCCGUUCUGAUGUGAGGUAGAAACAAGGCUUUGAUUCCUCAUAGCAAAUACAGUAAGGUGUGAGUGAAAGUAGGUGUAUGUUUUGGGGGGAAGGAGGGGAAGAAAGGCUCAAGGAGGGGAUGUAAAACUACCCAGGUGUUUGCUCUAUACUGAUUUCAGCUGGCACCAGUUGAGAAGGCAGCUGGAACUAUUAUGUGCAUCAGUGCAGUGUUGGUUGCCAUCACUGCGUUCCACUUCAAUGAGGUGUGGUGAUGGUUCAUUACGCCAUUCCUCUUUAAGCUGUGCGGGAUAAUUUUAAAAGUCUUUCCUUGCAGGUUGUUAUCAGCCUAACCUGUCCCGUGGCCUGGUCCUCACAGUGUGGAAAUUGUUACACCUGUUUUAGGGAGAGCAGGAUUUAACCCUGUGUUUGAAAACUCUUGUACGGUUUUCCAGGCAGAGGGCUGGACACAAGGCUCAAACUGGAGAUAAUAUGCAAAAGCUUGGAGAACUAAAAACUCUGUACUUGUAAUUGCACUGGGAAAAGAUGAAGGAGAAGACUAAAGAAAGAAGAAAUAAAUCCGAGGAGAGGAAGGAGAGGACUCAGUGCAGGGAGAGGGAUGAAGAGAGCAGACGGGAAUAGGAGUAGGGGGCACCUGGGGGAGACACAGGCAGAGAAAUGGGAGAAUUGUUCCUAUUUGUGCAUCCUCUUCCGUCCCCAGAUAAUGUGUCAGUAUUAGCGCUACCAAGAAACAACCCUCUCUACUGUAGAAUAAAUCUGCCACUGUAUUCCCCACUCCAUAAACGGCAGCCAAGUCUGUAUCCUCAGCGCUGCAUUGUGUGUUCAGCACUGUGUUUUGUGAGUGCUUUUCAUGAUGGUUAAGCCUGUAUCAUUUCUGGCCUUAGGUUUCCUCUCCAGGGACUCACAUCCUCAGACAGGUUCUGGAAGAUCCAUGGCAUAUUAUUGUUGGUGCAGCAGUUUGUGGCUACUUUCCUCAUCUUCUCUUUGCUCUGCUUCUUUUAUUUCACUUCUAAAAAGUGGACGGGAGAGAAAUGAAGGAGGUGAACAGGAGGGAGUGAGAGACAAAGGAGAAGGCAGAAAGAAGCGCCCUGCUAUCAGGCUAGCAAGAUCUCCAGCAAGAUGGUGAGGCAGCUAUUUUGGCAUCAGGGGCUUUUUUAGCCUUUGAUUAAGCUGCUUGUAGCUCAUGAAGGCACAAGCAAGAGGGGAAGACAAAUCUACCACUAAAAACAAUCAUCCAUUGGAUGCCCUGGCAAUAACUCCAGUCCCAGUAAACUACCAUAGCCUUUGGCUAACUGAGCUCUGGGCACCGAGGGCUGGCUUCCCACCAGCUGAUGUAAUUGCAAUCACAGCCCUGUUUCUUGCCCCCUUGCUCCUAAAUGCCUGACUGAAGGCUUUUCCUGAAUGGUUUCCAGUGUAUGCUCUGGCAGCUCAUGCACAGAUCUGCAAGGGUUUCCUGCCUUUGCCUCAGCAUUUCCAUAAAAAGUUAUUUAGCUUUUCUGUGCUUAUUUCCCCAUCUAUGAAGUGGGGUUAUUAUUUAUUUUCUGUGAAAGGGGUCACAAUGAGGCUUAAAUCACUCGUACAUACAACACAAUUUGAUAUCCUUAGAGAAGGCAAACAGGAGGGAUUAAUUGCUGCCUCCAUCAUAUAUCUGCCAUCACUGAAAUAAAAAUACUGCCCAUCACUGUGAUCAUUGCUAACUCCUUUCCAGGGGCAGUUGUGUUUCCUUUGGUCUCCGUGGAAGGUGGAACGGGUGGGCCAGGCAAAUCCUCGAGGUGAAAGCGUGGACAGUGUCAACAAAAAGGCUUUGGAUUUUUUGACAGCACAGUGGUCUUCCAAGAACCAGGCAGCGUGCUGGUUAGUGAGUUGGGAAAAUGGGAAAUUUAACAGAGGUGAAAAUGAGACACUUGGGAGAACAAUGGAGCAGUCUGGUAAACAUCUGAAAUGUGUCUGCCCGAGUACUAGGAUUAUAAGGGCUAAACAGGAAGAAUAUAAAGCCUUAGUACAUAUACCAAGCUAUGAGCUAAUCAGCUUCGCAGACACAUGGAAAAGAGAAAGUAGGAACAGCAGAAGAAGGAUUAAUUGGCUGUGAAACAUCAGGGAAUUGGUAGGUUGGGUCAAGGAAAGAGGAAUACAGGCCAGCAAGCACUGACUUAGAGAUUAGAGCAGAGGUGUAAUGACAAGUUUUCCUAAGGCAGGGAGAAGAAUAGUAGAAAAGUGAAACACUAAAGGUGCGCGAGGACCUCAUUAACGCCUUGAAAUGAGAAAUUAAUUGUUUAAGAAAGUUGAAGCAGCAGCAGAUGACUAGGAAUGAGAACAGAAUGAUACCAAAGCAUGUGUGGAUGAAGUCAGAAAGGUCUUGGCACAGAAUGAGCUAGAGGUGGCUAGGAACACACAAGGGAAGGAAAAGAAACCCUUUAAGUGCGCUAGAAGGAAUGAAAGUGUGCACUGUGUACCACAGAAGGAGAGCACAUGCAGAGGGUUGGGAUCGUCAUUGCCUUUUAACUCUGCUUGUCACCAAAACAGUUGCUACUAGAUAUAUAUAACAGAAGUCAUACUGAUUUGGGGAUGGGAAUAGGCCAAAACAAAGAGGUGUAAAUUAAAGAAUCCUUACAUUGAGUAAGGGAAUUCAAACUGUUGGACCUGAGGGAAUUCCCCUGCAGGUUGUGCAACGAAGGCAGUCUGUGAACAGUUAGAAAUGGACUUCAAGAAAUUCUCCUAUAUUGAGAAGGUUCUGAAGGCUGUAGAUGGACAAAUAUGGUAUUUGUUUGUGAAGAUGGAAAAAAGGAAGAGCUAGGAAAUUUAAAUCAGCCAGCUAAGCUGAGUGACUACAGAGAAAUCUUGACAAAUUAUGAAACAAACAAUUCAUUAGCAGCUAUAGGAUAAGAAGGUGGUAAAAGACAAUCAACAUGGAUUUGUCAAGCUGAUCUAAUUCCCUUCUUUUAUUGGCUAAUUGGCUUAGACGAUAAGGCAGAAGUAACAUGUCUUUGCUUUAGGAAAGCUUUCAAUGCUUUCUGACAUUACAUUUUCAUAAGGAACUAAAGAAAUAUCGUUUAUAUGAAAUCACUGUAAGGUAGGUGCACACUAGCUGAGAAAUUACUCACAAAGGCCAGGUUUCAUCCCCACAAAUGUUAGCCUUCUAGAAGUUAGGCAUCUAGUCUAAAUUAUUCUGUACAGAGUAAAUGUAGAGAGAGACACCUCCAGAGGGUCUGCAUCCUCUCCUAAGAUAUGUGGAAAGGAUCUUUUGCUGAGAUAUUUCCUUGCCUCAUUAACUUUGAGUGAAGCUAAACAAACAGCUCAGAGAGGACACCUAGCUUUAAACCCACCACAAGAAGGUAUCCCACAGUCACACUUGCAAGGCAUUGUUUUGCUUAAGUAACUGGGACAAUACCAUGGAAAAUCCAUUUAUUUUUUCAGAAAAUCGAAAAUCUUUUUGUUGAAACUCAGUUCCCUGUUCACACACCUCUAUUUAUGUCAACACACCUGCCAGCCUCACCUUCAGCCUCUCCUGUGUAGGGAUCUGCUUCAGAGCUCCCCCCAUCCAGCUCUGUAACCCCAUCCUUUGCUCUGCCAGUCUCACUCCUCCAGAGCUGAACACGGUAAAAACUGGUGAUCUUUGGGGCUAGAUCCCACAUGAAACCAGGAUCAGAGCACACACUCUCACUGGCGGCUGCUGCCCAGGUAGGUGCCAAGAGCCCUGGAGCAGGGAGCGCACACUGAAACCACUAUGCCAGAUGGCCUGACUGCUCUCAGUUGUAAGAGCUGCUUUGUUCUUUUUAGCUUUACUGAUGCGGAGAGAACAUUUUGAACUGUCUAAGCCUUAUAACCUUGUAUCGUUGGCACAUGAACGGCAGCAGCACGCUGUUGAACAUAAUAACAAGAGGGAAAGAGCUGUGGAAUUAAAUAAGAAUUUAAAUCUUAGGGUUCACAGCUCAGAGCAAGAGGCUUUAGCUAUGUUAUUUCCAGGAAUUGGUUGAGUCAUGUUUGAGAAUAAUGGGUAAGAUUAAUUCCUUCAUGACUAUGGCUGAAUAAAUUAUUUGCCAAUAAUUUUAUCUGUGAUUUGACCAGUUCUAGCUGCUUUAUCUAAUGUGUAUGAUGCCAGAACAUUAGCCAUAUUCUGGAUGUGUGUGCCGGGCAUGAAGCUCCAGUCCUUGGCAGCUAGCAGUGAAUUUAUUCCCCAAAGACUAUUUUCAACGAGAUUUACCCCAGAGCAACCAAAUGCAGGAUUUGAUCUGUCAUAUUCAGUAUGAUUCAUUUUUCACCUUAUCAAGUAGUAAGAGAGGAGAUAGAAAGAGAGAGGGAAAGUUAUUUCACUCUUCACAACAUACCCUUGUCUUCAAAGUCUGAGCGGUAAGUGGCGGCCCACCGAGGGACACAACAAAUGUUGCUUGGCAACUCCACGCCAUUGACGGGAAGCGCUCGGCAGGCUGAGCAUCGCAGAGGGACCGAGACAGAGAGUGAGACAGUGGCACACCAGGAUGCUUGCUCCUGUCUAGGCCUGUUAGAAAUGACACCGCUCAUGCCCCAGGAAUUUCUGUAGAUGCCGGCCAAUAAAGUCUUUUCUGUUAGGUGGAAGAGUAAUUGUAGGUCAUAAAUGGUGAAAUGUCCCCUGCCCGCUCCCCAGGAACAAAGGGGGCUUUGAUCUAUUAAUAUCCUGAAGGUCACUGAAUUCUUCCCAGUGUAGGUUAGCUGUGAGCAAAUUUUAAAUGGCUCAGAGGCAAUGCUGUUUGGUUAAAAACCUACAGGGAUCCAGAAAAAGCCUAUUGUCCUUUGCUACACAAAGCUACCUUGCCACCUUGUUGGAAGUAUCAAGCCUUGUGGUAGUGGUGUUGUAGCCCUGAUAGUCUGAGGAUGCCAGAGAAACCAAGUUUGCAACAAGAGACCAGUUGUUAAAACUGGCAAGCAGAGUUUUCAGGCACAGUAUUCCUUCAUCAAGUUUUGUCUCUGUUGAAAGAUUGUAAGUUAAAUGAAACAGGAUUGACCUCACAGAGCAAAUCCCAUGCAGCUUGUAGGCUAGCACACCUUGCCAAAUGCCUCGAUAUUUUCAGCAGCUAGCAACUCCAGAACACACUCCUCUUUGUCUGCCUACACAGAGAGCAGUAUUAGGAUUAUCAGGCCCAAUGCUGGCAUGAGGAUGAUGAGAUACUUAGCAAGCUUCAUAGGGAGUUUAGCAGAAAUGGGAUUUAGGGUGCAAAAGAAUAUUCUGUUUGAAGCUGGAUAUUCUGCUUCCCUCAGUAUAAUUCUGGGGACAAUAAAGUGCUCAUUCUUCUCUGACUUCCUGCAGUAUUAGACUGGCCCUUUCUUCUCAGUAAGCCCUAAAAUUUUGGAGCAAGAAGGGAUUUUUGCACAGAGCUGGCUUUUCAUAACUACCUACAACGGCAGCAAUCCAAGAGUUUUGUUUAUGGAAGGUGCCCAUACUGUAGUAAUGCUGCAGGUGUUAGCAAAAAUCACUACAUGACUUUGAAAGUCCUGAACAACCUGUGUAGACAAUACAUGCGAAAUAUCCCCUGUUGUUCUGCAUUAGAGUUUUUGAGUGGCAUACUGUCUUGGAUGUUUUUAAGUAAAAAAGUCCAACAGCUUCCAAUGUGUAUUAAAAAAUGGUUUUCUUCUUUUUCAAGCUGUUUUCUGCAUCUUACCACCUGCAGGAAUGUCGCUCUUUUUGGAAGGGCUACUUAAACACUUUUUUCUCCGGGUUAUGGCUCUUCUACCCAAACGUGACAUCUCCUCAUUGCCUUGCUCCCUAAACACAGGCCUUGGUAGGUUAAGAAGUUGAAUCCAGGUGCGACUGCUUCUGGCCUUCAUUUUUUUGUGCCAUUAUGGAAAUUUUGCAGAAUCACAAGCUAUUGCUGCUUGUGGCUGCAUGUGGCACUGCCUUUAAAAAAACCAUGAAAAAUUUCAGCU